GCUCAUCGACGGCCAAUGCCGUUGCGGCUUCCCUUCCCCUAAUCUUUAGCUCGCUGCGCUGGGGCGUCUAGCUCGAUCGAUCGAUCGAUCCACACUCUCUCCGCGGCUACUGAUGCCCGGAUUUGCUCGGCGAUCGGAUUGAUGCUGUUGCUGGCCGCGCCUGCGAUGACCCCCGGGGGAGAUGCCUGGCAAUGCCUGUGCCGCUGCGCCACCAGGGCCGCCCGGGUGAGCGAGUAGCAGAUCUGGAAGGGAAAAGAAGCUGCAAGAGAUGGCGUCCAAGCGAUCUGCCAUGGACGACGACGCGCGCCUGGCGGCGGCGCCUUCCACUCAGGCCAAGAAGCGCCCGGCGCUGGCCAGUCUUUCCAACUCGUGCAAUGUGCCAGUGGUUCGCCCCGCCAUGGCUGCCGCCGCCGCGCAGAUUGUGGGAAAGGCCAAGGCUUUAUGCGCAGGGGACGAGAACGCCCCAUCUUUGAUGCAUCGCGAAGCUCAGCAGCUUUUACAGAUCGAUGAAACGUUUGAGUCUCCGGCUGCCAAGGCGAAUCCGGCCGCUGUCGCUUCCUUGGAGCGUAAAACGGUGCAAAGUUUGUACAUUUCGAGCUCGCGAUCUUCAGAAACAUUGCUCAAGAGCUUCAAAGACAUUGAUCUGGAAAACAAGGACCCCCAGAUGUGUGGAGUUUAUGCCACAGAGAUCUACCACCAUCUCCGAAUCAGAGAGCUGAAACGAAGGCCAACAACUAAUUUUAUGGAAGUCGUGCAACGAGAUAUCAACGCUAGCAUGCGAGGAAUUCUAGUGGAUUGGCUGGUGGAGGUUGCCGAGGAGUACAAGCUUGUACCCGACACACUAUAUCUAACUGUUUCAUAUAUAGAUCGUUACCUUUCUGCAAACGUUGUCAAUCGUCAACGGUUACAGCUGCUUGGAGUUUCUUGCAUGCUUAUUGCCGCAAAAUACGAGGAGAUUUGUGCUCCCCAGGUUGAGGAAUUUUGCUACAUAACCGACAAUACGUACUCGAAGGAGGAGGUUCUUAUCAUGGAGAGACAAGUACUGAACAAUUUGCGGUUUGAGCUUACUACUCCCACGAUCAAGACAUUCCUAAGACGGUUCAUGCGGGCAGCGCAGGCUUCUUACCACACCCCGUCUCUUCAGCUGGAAUUCCUUGGCAAUUUUCUAGCCGAACUCAGCCUCGUUGAGUACACAUUCCUCAAGUACAAGCCAUCGAUGAUCGCUGCGUCGGCCGUUUUCCUUGCAAAGCUUACAGUCGACCCCACUGAAGAUCCUUGGAAUGGAACGUUACGACACUACACCGGAUAUUGUGCGUCAGAGUUAGCACAGUGUGUGCGCGACAUUCAUGAGCUGCAGUGUAACACCAAAGGCUGUGGCCUACCGGCUGUGAGAGAAAAGUACAAGCAGCACAAAUUCAAAUGCGUCGCAACUUUGGCAGCUCCAUCGCCUAUCGCUGCGGAGAAAUUCGAGGACGAGGUGUAGAAGAGUUGGGGGCGGUGCUCGUAAACUAAGAGCACACUUGUACACUGGUACUUUUACUAACUUUAUGGAGACAAAUUCUUUAUUUUCUUCC